GAUCUAAAAAUAAACGUUCCCUAUAUUUAACCGACGCUCGACUAGAGAAAGCGACGCCAGUCCGGUGCGUCUGUUCGUAUAGAUAAGAUAGUCAAAAUGAAGCUGGACGCCGAGAUCAUGUUCGAUUGCUUGUUGUAUAUCAACGCGUUUUAUUAUGGCAUGUUCUUCGCCUGCAAUUCUGUGAUGACAACUUCAAAAUAUUUCAGUGCGGUAUUGACGCCCGAUAUUGGGAGAGACGCUGCCGUCACCUUCUUACUUUUAGGGAUAGAAUUCCUCAAGUUGAUCAUUUAUAAGAAAUACAGGGAAACACACAGAGGGUUGAGUUCUACAUUUGUGAUCAUCAUGAACGUCGGAACCUUGGUGUGCUGUUUCUACAUGCUGAAAGUGAUGAAUCCUGUACUGAAACUGGAGAAACUACUGUCCAUUUUGAUGUGGAUGUUGGCGUCUUGCGAGAUAUUUUUCGGCUGUCUCCAACCUUGGUUCAAAAAGAAGCCUUAUUACACGUGAACGGGGGUGACCUUCUUAUAUAAUCUUAGUAUUUAAUUUUUUUGUAAGAACUGAAUUACUAUUGAAGUUUUGUAAAUUUUAUCAUUGAUUUUCUUUCACCUAUCUUUUUCAAUUUUUCACCUACUCUUAUAUUGAAGUUAUGGUUAACAUUCAAAUUAAUAGAAAAUCAGAACGUAUUAUCAUGCAAUUUUAAAUACAAAAAACAAUCACUUAACUCCUUCAGUUCAAACUUCAUAAAACUCCAUUCAAGUCCCAGGCAUAACCAAAUAUAAACAUUGUUUUUUAAAAAUUUGACUUUAUUCAUCAUCAUAGACACUAUCAAGUGUGAUAUAUGUUCUAGCUCCAACGCUCCUCUAACUGUUCAAUACCUUUUCUGUAGAAAGAUUUGUCUUUGCUUUCGGAAUAGGCUUCAACCUCAACAAUCACUUCUUCAUUAGAGCGAAAUUUCUUUCUCUGGAGCUCUCUUUUGAGGUCUGGGGCAAACCACUGGGGCCAGAUCUGGAGAAUAAGCUGGAGGGUCAAGCUGUUAGAAGAGCUUUUCGUGGUUUUCAUCGAUUUGAGACUAGGUGCAAGGUCUUAGUGAAAGGGAAUAUUUUCUUUCGCAUAAUAUGAGAACUUCUGCUUUUAAUCGAUCCAAUAACGUUUCGCGAUAUUCACUGCUGAUGGUUUUACCAUUGUCAAGAUAGUUAAUGAACAUUAUACCAUGUACGAGCCAAAAUACGACUGUCAUACCCUUGCCAGCUGAUGUUUGAGAUUCUGGUCGCUCUGGAAGACUUUCAACGACUGCUUUCCACUUUUUUCGAUUAAGGAGCGUAGUUAUGAAUCCAUGUUCCAUCCACUGUUACAUAUCAAAGAAAAAAAACUUAUUUAUUCCGCUUAAACAGCUCCAAACAGAGUUCGGAAUCGAAGAUUUAUUAUUACUUCUGAUCAGCGGUAAGCAAGCGCGGCACCCAGAAAUCAAAACCUUCUCAUGAACUAAUGUUCAUGCCGAAUAGUGCCUUCUGAUGACUUCAACUAUACCUCU